AGGCAGAAACGAGACACAAACAGAAACAGAAAUAGCGGUUAACAGUGCUCCCUUACUGCGAAUCGUUGAAAUUCAAGACGGAUCGCUAUCGCAUUUCUUCAAUUAUGUCUGUUUCGCUUUUCAUUCCGCUGCAAUAAGCGAUCGCACAACACAGAAAGGGGCAGAGAGAGAGAGAAAGGAGACAGGGCCAGAGCGAGAGCGAGAGAGAGUGCGUUCUCAAUUGACGACUCCACUCCCACACACACACCCCCCGCCCCCUCGUCCCCAUAAUUACUAUGGAUUGUGGUGGUAUUGCGGCACAUCAACAACAACAACUACAGCAACAACUGCACUUACUCCAGCAACAGCUACAGCAACAACAACACCAUCAGCAGCAGAUACAACAACACAACCUCGAGGAAGCAGCAACAAUAACAAAUAUCAACCUUAGGGGCAUCUUGGUGGGCGGAGCUGCCAGCGGCGGAGGAGUAGCCGGAGCAGGAGGUGGAGCAGGAGCAGGAGCAGCGGCUGGUGGUGCGCCGACAACGUCGACGACGACGACGACGACCGCCGCUGGCUUCGUGGCUGGUGGAGAUUGCCCUGUGAUCGGCGCCGGUGCUGGCGCUGGCGUCAAGCUGCGCAGGCACAGCGAUCGUCCCCUGACGCCGGAGGCCAAGCAGCUCUCCCACACAUACCGCAUCUCCAUGGCUAACCUGGAGGACUCGCAGGAGUCGGAGCUGGACCAGAUCCUGGGCGAGCUGAGUCUGCUCGAGGCUCAAAUCAGCUAUGGUGAGGCGUCCCUGCUGCCCGGCAUAUGUGGUGCUCCAAUGGCAGGUGCUCAGGUAGCACCGCCACCCGGAGUGCCCGCCCAGCUGCCCAGCAAUGCCCCAUCCAUGGUCUCCAUGUCGGCUGCCUCGUCGCGCUCCCAUUCGCGCACCAACAGCAGCAUCUCAGCGGACGUGAGCAGCUGCUCAUCGUCCGGGAUCUCGGAGAAUGGACAUGGUCUUGGAAUGGGACUGGGACUCGUUGGUGGACCAGUGCCAGCCGGAAUGAUAGUUCAUCCACCGCCACCGGUUGGCAUGACCAUGGGCAUAACGCUGGGCGUUGUCACGCCCCGGGAGCCGCGCACUGAGUCGCCCGACAAUGAUUCCGCCUUUAGCGAUACCGUAUCGCUGCUGUCCAGCGAGUCGUCGGCCUCCUCGAACACAUCCCUGCAACAACAACAACAGCAGCAGCAAUUGCACCAGCAGCAGCAUCAGCAGCAGAAGCAACAGCUGGCCAGUUCCGAGAAGCUCGUCCAUGGCGGACAUGGCCAUGGUCAUGGCCAGCAUGGUGGUCAGCAGAGUGGCGCCAACAGCAUCUCGAAGGCGGCCAAGAUCCAGCUGGCGCUGCACAAGCUCGAAAGUGCCUCCAUCCGGCGGCUGUUUGUCAAGGCCUUCACCUCCGACGGCGCCUCCAAGUCACUGUUAGUGGAUGAACGCAUGGUCUGUGGUCAUGUGACACGCCUGCUGGCCGACAAAAAUCACGUCCUAAUGCAGUCCAAUUGGGCGCUAGUGGAGCACCUAGGCGAUCUCCAGAUGGAACGCCUCUUUGAGGAUCACGAGCUGCUGGUGGACAACCUAAUGACGUGGAACUCGGAUGCCGGCAAUCGCGUGCUCUUUCAGCAGCGACAGGACAAGGUGGCGCUGUUCUUACGCCCGGAGCUCUAUCUACCCGGUCCUCAGAUGACACCUGGGUGCCAGCACGACGAGCAGACGCGGCAGAUGCUGCUCGACGAGUUCUUCGAUUCGCACAACCAGCUGCAGCUGGACGGACCGCUUUACAUGAAGGCGGACCCUAAGAAGGGCUGGAAACGGUAUCACUUCGUGCUGCGCUCCUCGGGCCUGUACUACUUCCCCAAGGAGAAGACCAAGAACACGCGCGACCUGGCCUGCCUGAAUCUGUUCCAUGGCCACAAUGUGUACACCGGGUUGGGCUGGCGCAAGAAGUGGAAGUCGCCGACUGACUACACCUUUGGCUUUAAGGCGGUGGCUGACUCCUCGCUGAGCAAGUCGUGUCGCUCCCUCAAGAUGCUCUGCGCCGAGGAUCUGCCGACAUUGGAUCGCUGGCUGACGGCCAUCCGAGUGUGCAAGUACGGCAAACAGCUGUGGGACAGUCACAAAUCACUGCUCGAGGAUCUCAGCCUGAGCCGCGACGAUGCCGUUUCGCAGUCGAGCUUUGCCGUCUCCAUGCGCAGCGAGUCGAUCUCGAGCAUCUCGUCGGCGGUGCCGUCGCAGUGCGGCAGCGUUUCCUCGGCCAUCAGUAGCAUGUCCAACUCGACCAGCGGCCGCACAUCACGUGCCUCCAGUAGCAGCUCCAGCGGCUGCCUCUCGGACGACAACAACGGCUUUGACUCGGAGUUCACCACGGGCACCAUCAAGCGCAAGCCCUCGAUGAAGCCCAAUCUGCCGCUGACCACGAUGACACGCCAGCUGAAGGAGGUGGGCGAGAUCACCAUCUGCGAGAGUGCCGGCGGCGAUGCCAGUUCCCCCGAGCGAAGCGGUACUCUAACGCGCCGCCACAGUCGACGCAAGUCGCAGGAGAGCAACGGCAGCGGCACACUCAAGCGGCGCCCCAUUCCCGUGCCCGUAAGCACGGUGGUCAAACAGGUGGAGCCAAUGGGCAGUGCCUCCUCCACUUCGUCCAGCAGCAAUUCCACGCCCACGCCAACGCCCAGCAUCUGCGCUAAGCCACCGCCGGGCGAUGCUGCCUCGCUGAUGUGCUCGUCCACGCUUUCGUUGGACUCGCUGCCGCCUCCGCCUCCGCCACCCGCUUUGGAUGGUUCUGAAGACCAGGAUGUGUACGGGUCGCAGCUAUCGCUGGCGUCUCUGCCACCACCGCCGCCGCCCGAGGAUGUGCUGGCCAUGACCUAUGCAGGACCUCCCAGUCCAGCUACUCCCACACCAAUGAACAGCAAUCCGAUGAUCAUGAUGCCGAACAGCAAUGGAUCGUUGCCGCCGGCGGUGCCGGCCAAACCCAUCAAGCCGGCAGUGAAGCAGUCGCCUGGCGCUCUUAAGGCAGCGCCACCAUACAAAGCGCCGCCGGAUUAUGUGGGCCCUGCCCAGCUGGCCGGACCGCCGUUGCCGCCGCCGCCACCCGCCCAGAAGAAAGUCUCGUUUGCCGACUCGCCGGUGCUGCUGCGUCGCAAGAUGUGCUCCCCGGAGCCGGUGCUGCCACAGCGAUCGCCAAGCACCACGCUCAGUUGCCAUUCCAACUCCAGCGCGGGAUCGGCCUACCAGACCUACGCACCCGGCCCGAUGUUGCCGCCACGCUCCGAUCUGGCGCGCCUAUCCAGCCAGAGCAACGGCAGCGGAAGUGAGGUAACCUCGCCAAAGCGACUGCAGGAGUCCGCCUCGAAUCCACCCCGCGACUUCCUCAAGGAUCUGCAGCGCGUCAUGCGCAAGAAGUGGCAGGUGGCGCAGAAGUGCAAGGCGGAGCCGGCCACAACGCCGCACGAGGUCCUGGGCUUCCGGGACUUUAGCAACGAGGAUCUGCUGGCCGCCCACAACCUCAACUCGGGGGCUAACUCCUCGCACUAUUACCGCGAGACGGCCAACGUGAGCCACUGGGUGCAGGAGCACUACGAGUACGCACACAAUGCGCUCUACGAGAACGUGCACGCCCAGGCGAGGGCGGGCGGAGGAGGAGCUGGCGGAGAUGCUGGCACACCUCCGCUGCCACCGCCGCCUGGCAACGCCGUGGCAGCCAAGAAGCGCCCGCCGCCCCCGCCUCCAAAGCGGAGCGACAAGACGCACCUGACCAACCGGGUGUAGGGAUCAUCAACUGAAAAGAGUGAAUCCGCUCACACACUUGGAUCCUUAGUCUCGAAAGGAAGUAGUUUCAUGGCGGAGCGAACAAUAUUUACUUGUCUACAAGAAAGCAAAAACAAGAAUCUUACAAAUUCCUAUUUAAGUCUAGGCGAACAACAGAGCGAGAUGGAAAAACCACUAAUUAAAUCAUACAUGCGUAUGACUAUAUAUAUUUUCUAAGAAUAUGCUAUGGCCACGCCCACUUCUCUUACAAAAGUAUUACACAUAACAGAGAAUCAAACUGUAGAAUUUCCUUUUAGGUUAGAGUUUAGAGUGAAACCACGUCAAAAGUGUCAACAAUUUAAAUUAAAUUAUAUUUUUAGUUGUUGGCAUGAGUUUAAAUUUGUCGCUUAAUACAAAUCGUUUUCUUUUUUUGUUGUAUUAAAUAAAAUAUUGUUUAUAAAUACAUAUUUUUUAUUCUUAGAAUUUUAUUGGUUUUUUAACCAAAAUGUCGUACACGCAUUUUAUCGUGCAAUUAUAAAAUUAGCUUCAUAACUAUCAGAUAACAGUUUUUGUUAACACUUUUGAUAUGGUUUGAUUCUUCACCUACAUUUUAAUUCAUUUCGAAAAUCGAAAAAACAAAAAGCAAAAGGCAAAAAAAAGGAAUUCUGCAUUAGUAAAAAUAUUUAAGCUAAAUUUUAGUUUGUAAAAAGAAAGAAAAAAAUGCAUUUUAAAGCAAUAGUGCAUUAUUUAAAAAACACUAAAUUAGCGUUAGAUAAGUGUACAAUGUUUUUAUAUAUACAUGCACUUUUUAACUGUUUAGUUGCUCUUAGUAUUGAUUUUAUAUAUUUUUUUUGCGAUAAUCUUUGUAACGGUAGAGUGAACGUUUUGUAAGCGCAUGAAAUGCGCUGCGCUAGCAAAGGAAAUGCCUUAUAAAGCAUAUAAACCUAAAUAGGGGAAGCCCUGCAUAUACACCUAAUAUAUAUAUAUAUAUAUUAAUGCAUACAUAUAUGUGUUGAUAUAUCCAAAUAAUUUGCUGUUUAAAGCGAUAUUAUAUUUAUCUAAAAAUUGUAUUCCACUUUGAUUGUUCAGUUUAAAUAACCAAGUGCUUAGUUUUCAAAAGAUUUGUCAAGUUCCUCAAUAGUGUUAAAUUUAUCUUUCUCUUUGUACUUAUCUCCAACCACAGAUAAAUCAGACAGAUCAGCCAUAAAAUGCAAUUUGUAUGUGCAAAUCAAACUAUUUAAAUUGAAGGCAAUAAGAGAAAAUGGAAUGAAUUCUGUACACAAAUCAAAUAUGUAAUUGUAAUUGUAAUAAUAUAUAAAUUAAUCUUUUGGUACUUUUCGUUUACGAAUUUUGUUUCUCAACAUGUAAUUUUUUAAGCGUUCCUAUAGGUUCAAUUUUUCUAUGCAUGCAGGUAUUAAAUAAGUUCAGUAAAGCUUAAAACGUUGGGGAUUUGUUUUCCCCUGCUGUGUACUAGGCAAAACAAAGAAAAAUACAGAAUAGCUUUCGAUUCUCUAUAAUCGAUCAAUAUAUAUCUUGCAAUCUUUAAAUGGACGAUUUAAUACCAUUGAUCGGUUUCCAAUUUUCGAUUAUAUAAUUGCUCAUUUCUGUAAUUGUUUUUGUGUAGUAACUUGUUUGCCAUUUGUUUUGUAUGUAUGUUUGUGUACAGCCAGAGACAGCCAUAUAUAAAUAUAUAUAACAUAAUUAUAAAUGCAUAUGCGUGUCCGGUACUCCAAUAAUUUCAGUUAAAAUGUAUGUGAAACGUUGACUAUUAAGAUCCCAAUACACAUUGUAAAAAGGCAAAGCUAUAUAAUUAUGUAUGAAGUCUUGUUACAUAUAAAUCGGAAUGUGUACUGCGAUCAAAUAGUGAUCAAUUCAAUUGACUAAAACUUUGCCUUCUCUCUCCAGCCAUCCUAAAAGUGUUCAAUCCCCAAUCCCCAAAGAUCCCGCAUCAGCCACAUAAUGCUUGCUUUUGUUUCCCAUUCUGUGUCACACAUCAUUAUAUAAAUAAUAUAUGAACGUUUUGGUUUUGAAUACAAGAAACUAGCAUUGGGUUUAUUAUGGUAAAUUUAAAUUUUACUUUCCUACGUAUACAAAACUAAAGGGUAUUAUGCAUAUAGAUCUAGAUAUAAACAUACUUAAAUAAAGGAAAUGCCAAUUUUUUAAAGCUUGAAUUUAUAUGAACAUAUUUUUUAGACACUAUACGCUAUAUAUAUAUAUUGAUAUAUAUAUAUGAUAGGAACACAAGGAUGUGCCAUAGGCGCCGUCGUCGUGUCAAAGCAAAAACAAAACAGAGAAUGGAAAACCUGCAACAUUUUUUGCUAAAUGAAUGUAAUAAAAUUUAAAUAAACCUAGUCAUUAAGUCCAAGAUAAAAUGAAAAGUAAAAUAAAUGCUAAAUAAAUUUAUAUAUUAAUGACAGGCAUAUAUACAUAUGUAAUGCGACGCAAAAGAAAGUAAAAUCUAGAAACCUACUCGAUGCUUUAACUACAGAAAGCAUUUUAAAGAUAUUUUGUUUGCCAUCUUAUAUAUAAUUUAUAUAUUUUUUUGUUUCUGUUUGUUUGCUUAAAUACUUCAAUUUAAAUGUAUAAACAAUUAAGUAACGAAGUGAAAUAAAUCAAGGUUCAACUAAAAGAACAAGAAAUCAAACACAAAACAGAAUCCUAAUUAUAUAAAGUAAGGAAAACUCAUAUUAAAGCCCAAGCUACAACUAAAUGAAAAGACUACAACUGGAGGAGAACAAAAUAAGUAAGUUUAUUACAUUAUCGCCGACACAUUCAGACAUCAUUCAUAUGCAUUAACUACAAAUUUACAAAUACAGCAACGCAAAACUACAGCAUCUAACUAAAGAAAUCAAAGAAAAAUUCAAUUUAAUAAAUAAACACAAGAAAUUCUUUGCAGGGCUAUUAUAUAGUGAACAAUGUUGCCAUUUGAUACCAUUUUUUCCACAAAUAAAAACACAUUUGAUAUAUAAAGAUA